AUGAAUCCCGAAAAGUUUCCGCUUCUCUCUCCCAUAGAUUUGGAAGGUCUUUCUUAUUGUGGCUUUAUUACAGUAAAGGGACAAGAAUUAUUUUUUCGAAUUCAACAUGAAAAUUCUAAUUUGACUUUAAGAAAUGUCAAACUUUACGGAUGUCCCAAUUUGAAAAGGCUCCUACAUGGUCAUGAAAAUGCUCUUCAACAGGAACUUAUAAUGAUUAGUGAAAAACCUGAACCAAUGCCAACAGGAAAAUAUUAUUUAAGUUUAUUAUCAGAACUUAACUCAAUUGGAUGGGAAAAAUUGGAAAUACUUGAUCCUUCUCUGAGAAAUUUAACUUUAAAGCUGAGUGAUUCAUCAAGUCGAAAACAUAUUAUUUACAUUUCAAUUCCAACUUCGUAUCCUCAUGCCUUACUGAAUGCACGCGCAGAUAUUCCAUCUAUUUCUAUGACAAAGUUUCAGGCAGCUAAUCUCAAAGAUGUGAUAAAUUAUUAUUCAAAGGAAUUUGGAAAUUUCCAAGAAGUUUGGGAAAUGCUUGAUGAUAUUGAUUUAAACACUUGGGUAUUGGAACCUGAUAAACCAAAACGAAGUGACUUAAUGCGUAGAAUAGCUUUGGGAAAUCAUUGUUCAUUAAAAAUUGAAAUUGAUGUAAAUUAUCCUAGAAAAGAAUGUCAAUAUGAAUUGUUUGGUACGGAAAGUUUAAUUGCACCUUUACAUAUAAAGAUUGCAAAAAAUUGGAAUAAUUGGGAUACGAAUCUUACCGUCAGACGAAAUUUUGAGAAUAUAUUGGAAAUUACUUUUCCUUCUUUUCAAACGUCAUUAUCUUCUGACAUCAAUUUUGACUGUGGAAUUUGUUAUUCAUAUCACUUUGAAGGUACUAUACCCGAUCAAUCAUGUAACAAUAAUAAAUGUGGACAGUCAUUUCAUCGAUGGCUUCAAGCUAUCCCGUCAACUAAAAAAAAUUUCAAUACACUCAUUGGAAAUUGUCCAUAUUGUAAUGAUGUAAUAUCCACAAUUAGAGAACAAUGA